AUGGUCAACUCGACACGACUGGGUAGAGCGAGAGUGGAAAACAUCAUAAAGAUGACACCAGGACCAACGCGUUAUGCAGCAUCUCGUGUGGAUGACAUCAAGUCCAGCUUCCAACUCUUUUUACCAGAGUCCAUUGAGGGAAUUAUACUUGAGAUGACAAAUCUGGAGGGGAAGCGUGUGUUUGGGGACACCUGGAGAGAAAUCGACCUGGUAGACCUCCAAGCCUACAUAGGUCUGUUGAUUUUAGCUGGAGUGUAUCGCUCAAAUGAUGAGGCUACAAAAAGUCUGUGGGAUGAAGAGUCUGGCAGGCCUAUAUUCCGGGCAACCAUGUCCUUACAACAGUUUCAUGUCAUUUCAAGAAUUAUUCGAUUUGACAACAGAGAUACACGAUCCAUCCGCUGGCGAAAUGACAAACUGGCUGCUAUUAGGAAUAUUUGGGACAAGUGGGUGGAGCGCCUACCACUUAUGUACAAUCCAGGCCCUGAGGUGACAGUUGAUGAGCGCCUGGUUACUUUCAGAGGUCGCUCUUCCUUCAAGGUGUACAUUCCAAGUAAACCAGGAAAAUAUGGCAUAAAGAUCUGGGCAGCAUGUGACGCCAAAAGCAGCUAUGCCUGGAAUAUGCAGGUAUACAUGGGGAAACCUAGUACUGGAAGGGCUGAAAAAAACCAGGGCAUGCGUGUUGUGCUGGACAUGACAACCGGUCUCCAAGGGCAUAAUAUUACAUGUGACAACUUCUUCACAUCACAUGCUCUUGGUCAGGAGCUACUGAAAAGAAAGCUCACCAUGGUAGGGACAGUGAGGAAGAACAAGCCUGAACUUCCCCCUGCGCUGGUAUCGACCAGAGGAAGACAGGCACUCUCAUCACAAUUUGCAUUCACGGACACUCACACUCUUGUGUCAUACGUUCCCAAGAAGAAUAAAAUUGUCAUCCUGAUGAGCACAGUACACAAAGACGCCGCUGUCAGCACCACAGAGGACAGGAAGCCCCUGAUGAUCCAGGACUACAACAAGAAUAAGGUAGGCGUUGACUGCCUUGAUAAGCUUACUGGUACAUACACCUGUAAGCGGAUGACGGCUCGCUGGCCGGUGGCACUGUUCCACAACAUCCUGGAUGUAUCAGCUUUCAACGCGUAUGUGGUGUGGACAGCAAUCGACCCAACCUGGAAUCAGGGGAAAAGUUUCAAGAGGAGACUUUUCCUCGCAGACCUGGGGAAAGCUUUGGUGACUCCUCUUAUACAGCGACGGCAGCACAUUCCCCGCACACCAGCCUCUGCCAGUCUGGUUAGGAGCAUGCGCACUCCAGCCCCAGCCGCUGCCCUGGCUGCUCUCCCCCAACAAGGACAUUGCCAGAAAAGGAAGCGUUGUGGCCUCUGUGCCCCUAGAGACAUCAAAACGAGCCUGACAUGCUGCAAAUGUAAUGCUUAUGUUUGCAAGGCCCACUCUGACCUGAGUGUCACAUGCCACUCAUGUGCAUGAAUACACACACAAACACACACCCACACACACACACACUCCCACCCUGUUGAGUUUGGUGUUUGGUUUUCCAUUUAUUUUUUGUAUUAUAUGUUCAUUUUGUAGUUCAUUUUCA